AUUGCAUAUGGGGAUGCAUGCUUUAUAUAAAUAAGCAAGUAGUUGUCAUUAAACACAUCCUCGCUGUUUGCAAACAUGAAAGCUUGCCUCGCUGUCCUGGUUUUGUUCGCGGUGGUGGCUUUCGGAGCCAGUUUGGAGGAGAAUCCUAAUGGAUCAGAAAACCAGCAUGUGAUAAAACCACGGGCGACGAUCAUCGCCCCCCCUUAUCCCAGCUGCGUGUUCUGGAGGUGUACCUCCAACUGCCGCAACAAGGGCUUCUGGAAGGGAGGAUACUGUACGCUCCUCGGCUGCCAGUGUAUAACAUAAUCACUAAUAUUUGUGGACAGAGAAAGCUAUAGACGACGACAUUCUUUCGUUUCACUCAUACAAGGAUACGAAAUCUUUUGUUUCUCAUCGUGUGCCAGAUUUUACUUUAUCUUGCAUCAUAUGAUAGUUAGUUGUCUUUAGAUUUCUUUGUCUUUGCUGAUAUUUAACCGACUCAAUAAAUGAGGUUAUAAAUUCGUUGCGAUGUUACUAAUACUAAUCUUGUACACUCUGGCUGAAAAAUUGUUAUUCUUUGAAAAUUUGCUAUGCUACGAUUAACUCCCUCGCACGUCCGCUCCGUUUGCUUGCAUCCUAUAUGAAGACCUAAUCUUUGUUAAUCAUGCACAGAAUAGAUUUUAUUAUAAGUACAUCAACAUAAAAUCUAGUCAUGAUUUGACUAAAUAUUUUUGAGAAGGCUUGGAUUGGAUUUAAGAAUUUAGUGGAGGUCACUCAUAACAUUUUCUUGGCUGAGUGUACUCCCCUGGUAAUCUUGGGUAUUGUGGUAAUAAAUGGUAUAAAUUUAA